AUGAAUGAUUUAAAUGGAUUAUUUGAAGAAAUAUCUGAUUUACAAGAUAUAAGAUUUACUCAACAAAAAGAUAAACAUGAUCAAUUAUGUAGUGAAAUUUUACAUUUAAAAAAAUUACUAAUAACAUCAGCAAGUGAAGGUCAUAACAGUAGAAAUACUUUUUCAAAAGUGAAUCGACUAAAUUCUGUGGGUAAUUAUGAACAAUGGAUGUUAAUGGAAGAAGAAACAAGACAGCUGCAGAAUUUAGUUGAAUUACAACGUGAUCGAAUUAAUGAACUUAUCAAUCUUUUAACCAAAGAAGAGCCUUUACCAGUACAAACUCCUGUAACCAGAAACAUCAUUACUCAUUUCGAUGGACAACUGAUUCGCACACGAAAUUUAGCUCCCACUAAUAGUAAUAAUACUGAACGUUUACUUGUGGCUACAAUUCAAUCACUAUCCGAUGAACAGCACGAUUCAGGUACGGAUACACUACAAAGAUCAACCAAUGAUUUUCAUUCACUAGAUACCGUAAAUAAUGAUACACACAAUGAAGAGCGCCUUCCAUUUAUUGCAUCUACAUUACCACCACUUUCUCGAAUCUCGUCAUAUAAUGAUAUAAAAAAAUGUCCUAUAUGCAAUUAUCAAUUUCUUAGCACAGCUAAUGAGUUUGAAAUAAUUCAUCAUGUCGAAACAUGUUUAUCUUCAGCGGGUAUUGAUGAUCCUGUUGUUCCUACUGCUCCUAAACAAUAUGUAUGUCCAAAUUGUAGUCGACAAUAUCAAGGCAAUGAUGAAAAAGCUUAUCUUCAACAUUUAACAUAUUGUUAUGCUGAGGAUGGUGAUAAUUUCUAA